AUGAGCAUUUUCAGGGCAACAGGUCUGUGCGUCCUCGGUUUCGAGGUUCCAAAUGAAGUGUUUUGGCUUUCCACAAGCCUGAUUGGCUUUGGAGGUUCCACUUGUAAUUUCACACCAUCUAUCUUAAUGUCUCUGGAAAUUGUGCCUGUCGGACAAUUUCGCCUUCUGACGCGCCUCUUCAAGUGUGUGGGUGAAGAUGUCUUCUCGCGCAUCGUUCAUCACGUGACAGUGGGCAAUCAGGUGAUCGUAUUGCCACUUGAGGAUGCCCGUCUCGGCUCACUAACGACCGCGGCUCUUGCCCGUUUUCUUCCUCGAGGAUGUGUGCACAUGGUCAUUGACAGUCCCGAGUACGUACCUGCCUUCUACUGCAACCUCCUCUCCCUAACUCCGGAUGCUUUUGUCUCCUGUGGUCCCGGUCCCCCGGAUCCGGCCUAUAUGCUCCUCCAGGUCAGUGUCUACUCGCCGACACUGGCUCAUCCGCGUCCUGAACAGGCUUUCAGUGAAGCUGAUCACGACUCCUCUGAUGGCUCCACCGAGUCAGAUGCAGAUAUUGUGCUGAAAUCG